CCGCCGCCGCUGACCCGGUCCCUGGGCAGCUAUAAAGUGGCGCGCCCGCGCCCGCACCCAGCGCCUGCAGCGUCCCGAGCCGAGCCGAGCCGAGCGCGCCCCGCCGCCGUGACCUACAGAUCCCCCUGAAGCUGUACCAAGAUGUGCGACGACGAGGAGACCACCGCUCUGGUAUGCGACAACGGCUCCGGGCUGGUGAAGGCGGGCUUCGCCGGCGACGACGCCCCCCGCGCGGUCUUCCCGUCCAUCGUGGGCCGCCCGCGCCACCAGGGAGUCAUGGUGGGUAUGGGUCAGAAGGAUUCCUAUGUGGGUGACGAGGCCCAGAGCAAGCGGGGUAUCUUGACACUCAAGUACCCCAUUGAACAUGGCAUCAUCACCAACUGGGAUGACAUGGAGAAGAUCUGGCACCAUACCUUCUACAAUGAGCUCCGCGUGGCCCCUGAGGAGCACCCCACACUGCUCACUGAGGCCCCACUCAACCCCAAGGCCAAUCGUGAGAAGAUGACCCAGAUCAUGUUCGAGACUUUCAAUGUCCCAGCCAUGUAUGUGGCCAUUCAGGCGGUUCUCUCCCUGUAUGCUUCUGGCCGUACCACAGGCAUUGUUCUGGACUCUGGGGAUGGGGUAACUCACAAUGUCCCCAUCUAUGAGGGCUAUGCUCUGCCCCAUGCCAUCAUGCGUCUGGAUCUGGCUGGUCGGGAUCUCACUGACUACCUUAUGAAGAUCCUCACUGAGCGUGGCUAUUCCUUUGUCACCACUGCUGAACGUGAAAUUGUCCGUGACAUUAAAGAGAAGCUGUGCUAUGUUGCCCUGGAUUUUGAGAAUGAGAUGGCUACAGCUGCCUCUUCCUCCUCCCUGGAGAAGAGUUAUGAAUUGCCCGAUGGCCAAGUCAUCACUAUUGGCAACGAACGCUUCCGCUGCCCUGAGACACUCUUCCAGCCCUCAUUCAUUGGUAUGGAAUCUGCGGGUAUCCAUGAAACAACUUACAAUAGCAUCAUGAAAUGUGACAUUGAUAUCCGCAAGGAUCUGUAUGCCAACAAUGUCUUAUCUGGAGGUACCACCAUGUACCCUGGUAUUGCUGAUCGCAUGCAAAAGGAAAUCACUGCCCUGGCUCCCAGCACCAUGAAAAUUAAGAUUAUUGCUCCCCCUGAGCGUAAGUAUUCUGUUUGGAUUGGGGGCUCCAUCCUGGCCUCCCUGUCCACCUUCCAGCAGAUGUGGAUUAGCAAGCAGGAGUAUGAUGAGGCAGGCCCAUCCAUUGUCCACCGCAAAUGCUUCUAAGGUGCUUUACCCCUUAGUCUACCUUGCAUUCAGGAUGACAGUAUUAUGCUUCUUGGAGUCUUCUGAACCACCUUCCUUCUCUCAUCAAUCAUUGUACAGUUUGUUUACACACGUGCAAUUUGUUUGUGCUUCUAAUAUUUAUUGCUUUAUAAAUAAACAGAUCAGGACUUGCAA